UGGGAGUUUCCUGAAAUAGAGCGAUCAUUGGGUAUAUUUAGCAUGAUUUUCUAGUACGAAUUUCAAUUCGGUCACAAACUUUCUUCUGGGAAAUUGUCGAAAGCCCACAAAAUGGGCCCAAGUGGUUUAGUUUUGAUCGAGUUUUUUCUAAAUCGUUGUUUUGGCGGCAGUGGCGGAACGAAGGAACACUGGAUACGGAUUGCUGCUUAGGAGUUCUUGCAAUGUCUGAAACAGAAUCGAUGUUAGUGGAGGAGGAAGAAAACAAGUCCAAUCCGGCUGGGGAAGCCGCGGAAGCUGCCAUGAACGAAGAGCAGCAAUCAUACUCGUGGCCAGUGAUUCAAUUCAAUUCCCCUCCACAGAGGACUUACCAUUUCUACAACCAAUUUCGGACUGGUCCGAACCCUAACAACUUCUUCAAGGGCGUAAAAUGGUCACCUGAUGGGUCGUGUUUUCUUACGAGCUCUGAGGACAAUAGUCUUCGCAGAUUCAACCUGCCAGAUUACGGCAACGAUGUUUCCGGCAAUGUAGCUGGUGAAGAGGAUUCUUUUACUUCCAACCUUGUUGUGGGUGAAGGGGAGUCGGUCUAUGACUUCUGUUGGUAUCCUUACAUGUCUGCUUCAGACCCUGUUACAUGCGUCUUUGCAAGUACCACACGCGACCAUCCAAUUCAUCUCUGGGAUGCUGCAUCAGGCGAGCUGCGCUGUACAUAUCGAGCUUAUGAUGCCAUGGAUGAAAUUACUGCUGCCUUUUCAAUUUCAUUUAAUCCAGCUGGAACCAAAAUAUUUGCUGGAUACAACAAAUUGGUGAGAAUAUUUGAUUUGCAUCGACCUGGUAGAGAUUUUGGGCAACACUCAACGCUUAAAGGAAAUAAAGAAGGUCAAACAGGCAUCAUAUCGGCAAUUGCCUUUUCUCCUACACAUAAUGGAAUGCUUGCCUUGGGCUCUUAUAGCCAGACCACUGGAAUCUAUAGGGAAGACAAUAUGGAGUUGUUAUAUGUUCUACAUGGGCAAGAAGGUGGAAUUACACAUAUCCAAUUUUCAAGAGAUGGAAAUUAUCUAUACACUGGAGGUCGAAAGGACCCAUAUAUACUUUGCUGGGAUAUUCGCAAAUCUGUAGAUGUUGUAUACAAACUAUACAGAUCAUCUGAACAUACCAACCAACGGAUAUUUUUUGAUAUUGAGCCAUGUGGCCAACAUCUUGGCACAGGUGGUCAGGAUGGUUUUGUUCAUGUAUAUGAUCUUCAAACCGGGCAGUGGGUAACAAGUUUUCAAGCAGCACAAGACACAGUUAAUGGGUUUUCUUUUCAUCCAUAUAUGCCGAUGACUGUCACAUCAUCAGGUCACCGAAGAUUUAUAGGACCUGACAAUGAUGACGCGGAUUUAUGUUUGCGUGGUGAUGAAAACUGUGCUUCUGUUUGGAGUUUUAAUUUUGCUUCGUCGGGAGAUGGUGAUGCUAUCAACACCAAUUGACAGCCAGAAUCCAAGCCAAGGUCUGAAUUAUGUUUUUGUUAAUUGUAUUUGUAGCUUGCAUGAACAAUCUCUUGCAAUUUUGCGAGCGAACUGUACAGCUGCGUAGUUAUCGUAAAACAUUGUGUGUCUGGAGCUGUCUGAUUUUGGGAAGAGGACAUAUUUGUGUUCUACA